CGUCUGAUGUUUUGCGGUGAUGAAAGUAGGUUCGGACGGUCGGACGGUUGGUCCUGAAAAAAUAUAUCCGAGUCCGUAUAGUAUUCGGGGAUACAAAUUACUUCUUUUGCGCUUGGUUAAUCGGUGGAUAUGGGUGGUAACGGUUCACAUUUAGGCUGGGGCUACAUAAUAUGAGCUAUGUAUGGACCGUGCUUUUCGGACUAUGCACUACAAGACGAGGGCCGAGAAGGCCUAGCUUGCGGAGCCGAACAUAUUCGCUCGACCCCGGUAUACACAGACGUAUAGACAUCAAUGAAGAUGUAUAGAUAUCUAUAUAAGACUACGCUCCCGCAUAUCUAAUAAUGACACUAUAUCAACCAAUUCUCUUGUUUUAUCAGAUAUAGUUAACCGAUAUCUAUUCCUCCUUUCUUCCCCUUUUGAACAAACCGGGAUAAAUAUAAGUUUCUACUACACCACCUCUAGGUACUAACCCACAAGUGAUAAUAUACUUUCGACGAUAAUGCCGCUCAAGGUCCUCAUCAUCGGUGCGGGUAUCUGUGGGCCUGCCUUGGCGACGCUACUGCGCCGUUCCGACCCGGAGAACAGUAUCACGGUUGUGGAACGAUACCCGGGAAUAAGACAUAACGGCUUACAAAUUGAUCUUCGGGCAUGGGGUGUGCCGAUUAUGAAAAGACUUGGGCUUAUCAACGCCGUGAAAGAAAAGUGUGUGCAUGAGAGUGGCAUAACCUUCGUCGACUCCAAGGGCAAGCAACAUGGCUUAUUCGGUGUUGCGGGGACAGAAACCGGUCAGCAGUCUUUCACUAGCGACUUUGAGAUCCUGCGCGGCGACUUGUCUCAAAUUCUCUACGAGGCUAGUCUCCAAGAUUCAGAUGGAAGGUUAGAUACUCAGAAGAAGCAGGAGAGUACUCCUGAGGGCGAAUAUGGACCCGGCGUCAGCUACUUAUUCGGCACGACGGUUACGCGACUGGACCAAGAUGAAAAGGGUGUGGAUGUAACUUUCUCAGAUGGUCGGACGAGGCGGUACGACGUAGUGGUCGGAGCCGAUGGCCAGUGGUCGCGAACGCGGCGCAUGAUGUUUGGCGAAGAGGCUGGAAUCGACAUGUUCAAGCGCCUGAACGUCUAUGUCGCGUACUUUACCAUUCCAAAAGAACCCGGGGAUGACGACCUGGCGCGUUUUUUCCACGCAGGAAAGGGACGCGGCAUAGCCACGCGCACGGGAGACCGGCCUUACACUCAAGUCUACCUGAUGGUGCGCACAGAUUCAGAAGAGGUGCGACGAGGAAUUGAACGGCAAUCCGUCGAGGAGCAAAAAGAAACUUUCGACAAAAUAUUCCGCGGGUCCGGGUGGCAGAUGGAUCGCUUCCUCAAGGGGAUGGCCGAAUCGACUGAUUUCUACGCAGACUCUAUCGGGCAAAUCAAAGCGCCUCAUGUGGUCAAAGGUCGCAUCGCACUGAUGGGGGAUGCGGGCUACUGCGCAGCGCCGGUAUCAGGCAUGGGCACAACAGUCUCCCUAAUGGGGGCCUGGACACUGGCUGGAGAGCUGGCGCGACACAGGGGCGACGUGCCGACCGCUCUAGAGGCCUACGACGUGAAAAUUCGUCCGUACGUCGACGCCGCCCAAAAGCUUAUGCCAGGUGUACCCGGAAUUAUGACAUUAGAGUCGAGCUGGGCUAUCUCCCUUCUGCACCUCAUCGUGUCGAUUCUUUCCUUCUUCAAGAUCGAUAAGAUACUCAUGCGUCUCGCACCCGAAGAAAAGGGUGGCAUACCGCUUCCGGAGUAUCCAGAGCUGAAGGGGGUGUAUCCUGCGUGAGAUGGGAGCCGGAAAUAGAAGAGGAUAACCUAGAUGGCGAUAGAACCAGGAAGAUAUUUAAGCCUUGUUUCUUUGAUAUCCGUAGAUUGGAGCAUCGGGCUUGCAGGUAAUGGGAUGGGUAGAGCUUCUGGUAUUAAUUCCCUUGAUUUGUUUAAUUAGUAUUUUAAUUAGUAUAUGUACCUUAUAUACCAAACAAGAUGCAGCUCCUCUGUAUUUAGAUCUCCAAUUUACACCAUAUAACUUUUGGCAGGGUCCUUGGUAUUUCUUUUUUUUCUUCGCGUUUAGAGAUUGUUUUCUGGAAUAUGACGGAUCUACGACACUGAACCGCUGGCUCGGAUAAAAUCGAUCCAUGGU